UAGAGCCGGUUUCAGUGUCGUCAAUGGGAAGCACGCGAGGCGGUGGCACAGAGAGUUACGGUCUACAUUAAAAAAAUAAGAAAAAAAGAAAAGAAUUCCGCGGCUGCACCAUGCUCUCCAGGUCUACCCCGUGUCUGUGGAUUACAUUUUUUUGCCUUCAUUUAUGCUGUCAUGUAGACAGCGGAGAAGCACAAAACGCGAAGGAAGUGAUUCUGCUGGACUCCAAGGCACAGCAGACAGAACUGGAGUGGAUCUCCUAUCCUCCCAAUGGGUGGGAAGAGAUCAGCGGCUUGGACGAGAACUACACGCCCAUUCGCACGUACCAGGUGUGCCAAGUCAUGGAGCCCAAUCAGAAUAACUGGCUUCGGACUAACUGGAUAGAUAAGGGCACUGCCCAGAGAAUUUUCGUGGAACUGAAGUUCACCUUGAGGGAUUGUAACAGCCUGCCUGGCGUGGUGGGCACUUGCAAGGAGACGUUCAACCUAUAUUACCAGGAGACGGAUUCGGAGGUGGGCCGGAGCCUGCGGGAGAACCAGUACGUGAAGAUCGACACGAUCGCCGCGGACGAGAGCUUCACCCAGGGCGACCUGGGCGAGCGGAAGAUGAAGCUGAACACGGAGGUGCGCAUCAUCGGGCCCCUGUCCAGGCGAGGCUUCUACCUGGCCUUCCAGGACGUGGGGGCGUGCAUCGCCCUGGUCUCGGUCAAGGUCUACUACAAGAAGUGCUGGUCCAUCAUCGAGAACCUGGCCACGUUCGCGGACACCGUGACGGGGUCGGAGUUCUCCUCGCUGGUGGAGGUGGAGGGCACGUGCGUGAGCGACGCCGAGGAGGAGGCCGACAACUCCCCCAAGAUGCACUGCAGCGCCGAAGGGGAGUGGCUCGUGCCCAUCGGGAAAUGUAUAUGCAAGGCUGGAUUUCACCAGAAAGGAGACGCGUGUGAACCAUGCGGCCGUGGUUUCUACAAGUCCUCCUCCCAGGACCUUCAGUGCUCUCGCUGUCCGGCGCACAGCUUCAACGACCGCGAGGGCUCCUGGCGCUGCGACUGCGAGGACGGCUACUACCGGGCGCUCUCCGACCCUCCGUCUGUGGCCUGCACCAGACCUCCCUCCGCGCCACAGAACCUGGUCUACAACAUCAACCAGACCACCGUCGGCCUGGAGUGGAGCCCGCCGGCUGAUACGGGCGGCCGCAAUGACGUCACCUACAGGGUCAUAUGCCGGCGUUGCAGCUGGGAACCCGAGGAGUGUGUGGCGUGUGGGCCCAAUGUGGGAUACUCUCCGGCGCAGUCGGGAUUAGUGGACACUUACCUGAGCAUCGUGGAUCUGCUCGCCCACGCCAACUACACUUUUGAGGUGGAGGCCGUCAACGGCGUGUCGGACCUGAGCCGCACGCAGAGGCUGUUCGCGGCGGUCAGCAUCGCUACCGGUCAAGCAGCCCCGUCCCAGGUCAGCGAGGUCAUCAAGGAGAAAGUGCAGCAGCGCAGCAUCCAGCUGUCCUGGCAGGAGCCCCAGCAACCCAACGGCGUCAUCACGGAAUAUGAAAUCAAAUACUACGAAAAGGAUCAGAAGGACCGGGUCUACUCCACGGUGAGGUCCAAGUCCACAUCAGCCACAGUGAACAACCUGAAGCCCAGCACAGCCUACGUGUUCCAGAUCAGGGCCUUCACGGAGGCAGGGUACGGUACCUUCGGCCCCAGACUGGAGAUAACCACCCAGGAGGAAGAAACAGCGGCGAUCGUCUCCAGCGAGCAGAACCCCGUCAUCAUCAUAGCGGUGGUGGCCGUGGCGGGGACCAUCAUCCUGGUGUUCAUGGUGUUCGGCUUCAUCAUCGGGAGAAGGUACGCUCUCGCGGGCCCCAUUGACUCUCCGCUCCUGCACUGCGGGUACAGCAAAGCAGAUCAGGAGGGAGACGAGGAGCUCUACUUCCAGUUUAAAUUUCCAGGCACCAAGACCUACAUUGACCCCGAGACCUACGAGGACCCCAACAGGGCCGUCCAUCAGUUUGCCAAGGAGCUGGACGCCUCCUGCAUUAAAAUUGAGCGGGUUAUCGGCGCAGGAGAGUUCGGGGAGGUGUGCAGUGGCCGGCUCAAGCUGCCCGGGAAGCGGGAGGUGUCGGUCGCCAUCAAGACGCUGAAAGUGGGCUACACGGAGAAGCAGAGGCGGGAAUUCCUGUGCGAGGCCAGCAUCAUGGGCCAGUUCGACCAUCCCAACGUGGUUCACCUGGAGGGAGUCGUGACGAGAGGGAAGCCCGUGAUGAUUGUCCUCGAGUACAUGGAGAACGGCUCAUUAGACGGUUUCCUCAGGAAACACGAUGGUCAGUUCACAGUCAUCCAGUUGGUGGGGAUGCUGCGGGGCAUAGCGGCGGGAAUGAGAUACCUCUCCGACAUGGGAUACGUCCACCGAGAUCUGGCUGCGCGAAACAUCCUUGUCAACAGCAAUCUCGUAUGUAAAGUGUCUGACUUCGGCCUGUCAAGGGUGAUCGACGACGAUCCCGAGGCUGUCUACACAACAACUGGGAAGAUGCAGGAUAUAAUGCAUUUGAUCUUUACUCCAGCCACUGACCUGCAUUUUACUGAACAGGGCGGCAAAAUACCCGUCCGAUGGACCGCGCCAGAAGCCAUACAGUAUCGUAAAUUCACCUCUGCAAGUGACGUGUGGAGUUAUGGCAUUGUCAUGUGGGAGGUCAUGUCCUAUGGGGAACGGCCCUACUGGGAUAUGUCCAAUCAAGAUGUCAUAAAGGCAAUAGAGGAAGGCUACCGUCUUCCAGCCCCAAUGGACUGUCCACCAGGCCUGCAUCAGCUAAUGCUGGACUGCUGGCAGAAAGACAGAGCCGAACGUCCCAAAUUCGAUCAGAUAGUUGGCAUCCUUGACAAGAUGAUUCGCAACCCUAACACAUUGAAAACCCCAGUGGGAACAUGUAUAAGACCAAUUAGUCCACUGUUGGAUCAGAGCACGCCAGACUUCACCGCUUUCCGCUCAGUGGGAGAGUGGCUGGAAGCCAUCAAGAUGGAGCGAUACCGAGACAACUUCACAGCGGCUGGCUACAGUUCCCUGGAAUCUGUGGCCAGGAUGUCAAUCGAGGACGUGAUGAGCUUGGGGAUCACGCUGGUGGGCCAUCAGAAAAAGAUCAUGAGCAGCAUACAGACUAUGAGAGCCCAGAUGCUGCACCUCCACGGCACGGGUGUCCAGGUGUGACGAACCACGGACGGGGCGAGAAACAAAAAAAAAACAACAACUAAAAAAAACAGAACUUGUGAUCUGGAGCAGUGCCUGGGACGUAAAAGCGGGAUAAUCGUCAAAGUAAACGGACAUCUGUUACGUCUGACUCUUCCGGCUGUGUCUGGAGUGAAAUCAUUCCUUUGUUCCUCAGUGAAGGAUUGCGGUCCGCCUCUUCAAAAAGGGCGCUAAAGAAAGGAAAAGGGCGGUGGGGGAAAAAACUGCAACAAAAAAAAAAGAAACUACCUGGACGAGAUGACUUUCUAUUCACUUUUUUAUUUUUUUUUAGAAGCGUUUAUGAACUCAACCAUAUAUCAAAUGGAAAGGAGUUUGACGCUUCCGUUUCUUUAAUUUAAUAAAUGACUUAAGUGCACACCAUGGCUAUGGAUUACCUUUAAAAAGAACAAAAAAAACAAUGUGUCUACUUGCGGUGCUUUUACUUAUUUCUCUUUCUAAUUUGUUUAUUUUGCAUCUGUCUGCCACAGUGACAUGUUGCCCACGCAGCAGUUUUUCUUUUUUUCUCUCUCUCUUCUAUUUGGACUUGACAACAGGGUAAACUCUCUUUUAUCCAAACGCAGAGGGAACUUUUUAGGCGCAGAUUCAAAAGGUACUUUUUUGUGCUGCUGACACAUGCUGGACUGUUUGCAGUGACUCGUGUUUCCAUUCAUGUGCUGUUGAAGUGAAAACAGUAACCUCUCGUGCUCGUGGGGGGUUUCGACAUGGUUUCAACCAGUUUUUUUUUUUAUUAAGGAAUUUCCUGAAGAGUGCAACACUGAGGACGCGAAUUGUUCUUCUAAAUCAAAAGACUUUUAUAUCAGAGUAGCAAUAUCCUUUGUCUUAGUGUUCACUACGGGAAACGCAGAACGGUUACAUGGUUAUUGAGUAUAGGCUCUUGCAGCACUGUUGACAGAUUUGAUCGAAAUUGAAGCCACCACAAAUUGUUUUGCCAUCAUGUUGCACACAGUGUUCGUUUGGGUGCAAGUACAUUUUUUAAAAGGGUGGAUCCAAGAACGUUGUAGACGUAAUACUGCCUUAAAAAAAUGCGUUAGAUUAAGUAUUGCCGCUAUUUUAGGCACUUCACUGGCAAUGCUUUCUGCAUUCAUUUAAAGGGUGGACAAGCUCCCUAUUUUUAUUAUUUUCUUGUAGUGUUGAUGUCUUUUUAUCUGGAACUUGAACUGGUGAAAUCGAGCGCACGGACACGGUUUAAUGCCACGAGCGACACGGUCAGUGAAGAGACGGACUAAACAGAGCAAUAAUUACCAGGUAGAAAUGGUCCUCGCCUGAAAUUUUUAUGUUUUUUUUAUAGGUGCUAGGUUUUAUCGCAUGUGUGUGCUGUGCUGAGACAAACCCUUUGGAAAAGAUUCAGUCACCGUCGGAAACUAAAGGAAUGUACCUCUUCGACCUGAAAACGGUUUGAAAAAGAAGUGCUCGAGAAAUCGGCCGUGCCAAGUCAUCAAAAGAAAUAAUCAUGUCGUAUUUGGCCGCUACGAUACGCUAAAACGUUUUGUUGGAAAUCAAACGCGGCAUGGAAAUGUUCAAUUGGGUGGCUGGAGAGAUGAAAGAGGCCCCCGUUCGAAACUCUAGAAAGGUGCCACUUAGCCAUGCUGACAUCAUCUUCCGACACCUACGCCGUUGUCCAGAAAUCAAAAGAGCCACUUCAAGGUUCCCGGUCUGGAAAUCAGGACCAAACGACGGAGCUCCAGUCGGACGCGGAUAGAGCCGUUAACCCCCCCCCCCCAUUGCCCCAGCUCUGCAGACACGCUAUGGUGGCUCCCUUAUUUAUUCCUGCGUCUCUGCCGCUCACCCCUCACAGGCGUAGUAGAUGUGACGGAACAUGCAUUAAAGUGUCUCUUAAGAUUGCUCCUCUUUUCUCCCAUACGUCUUUUUUUACGGAGAACCGGGGGGGGGGAGUCUUUGUAGAAGAUGUGCUGAAAGCCAAUCAACCUAUUCUGUGCCAUCUGUCUCCACUUCAAAUGCGAAAGAAAAAAAAAAAAAACGUUCCCAUGUUGAGUGUUUUCUCAGUGCAGUAUUCUUUCAUGAGGAAAUGCAUUUAUUCAGCUGUCACAUAAACAGGAGUGGUGUUGAUGGAGAAAAACCAUUACAACCAUGUCUUCUACUGCUGCUGUAACCUGAGAUACAUCUGUGGAUCCACUCAUUUCUUUCAUCUCGAAUGCAUAGAAAAAGCAUUAUCCCUCACUGAUGGAAGAGUAAAACCAUUACUAGCUUUCUUCAUUCUCCCGGUCAUCUCUAAAACUGCAUCCACACAUUAAGCCAGGUACCUUUGAAAACACGUGAAAGAUUGAUGUGAGCCUGCCUAUAGACACUGUUGAGUAAGGUUUGUCUCCUGUAAAGAGGUUACUCGAAUCUUAAAACGGAUGUGGACACCAGACAUGCACGACGGCAAAGACUGUAUGUUCACGUACAUUUGUCAGCACAUACUGUCAUACUUCUUGGGCUGGAUGCCAAUGGCAUGUAGACCCUCUUACAGCCAACGUCAACAGAAAUAUGCUAGCGCAUCCAGACAAGUUAGCAAGCUUUAAACAUUGAAUUAAAAGAGUUACCGGCAUCAAAAUGUUUGCGAUCGUAAAACAAAAAUGGUUUUAGGAUGCACCUAAGGAGAAUUUUAUCAUCAGGUGCCCAUGAUGCCAAUUAUUUUCACAGUUAAUCCAUUGAUUUAUAAAACAGUGGAAAACUGAUCAUCACAUUUUCUCAACGCCCAGUCGACCCUACUUUAACCCGGACACUUAUCUUCAAAUGCCGUGUUUUGUCCAGCUAACUUUCCGAAAUCCAAGCAGAUAUCCAAUUAGCUCGCGUAAAGGACUACAGAAUGAGCUGCAAUUCAAUAACCGUACUUGUUCUAUUGUCCGACAACAGAGAAAAGAAAAAAAAAGUUAAUGAUGACUACCAACUGUUGAGUUUGGCUGUAUGAAAACACUCAAUGAUGACAGAAACCAGGAGGUUUAACCGGGCCCUGCCUGUGCCACUGUUGAACCAGAUAUGCUGGCUGUGAUUGUAGUUUCACUGACCCCCAAAGGAGACAAAAUGUCCUGUUUUCCUGUUGUGCUGCUGCUUGGUGAGGACAGACAUCUUAAUCUCUUUUAGUCACCAGAAUGCAGCCUCUGCCAAUUGCUUUUUCUCCCUUCUGAAGCAUUUUUUGAUGACUAUGAAACCUUUUACCACCUUCACUUUCCCUGCCUUUAAGAAGUGAACGUACAUUUCCCUGAAAAAGCUAGUGUGGAUUUCUUCGCAUGUAAACUUUUUUUCUUUCAGAAUGAUCCAACUUAGUGUGGAUGUAUAGUUAGAUCCAUUUCCACUCACCUUUGUCAGGAGACACCAGGAAUUAGCCCUGACCGGCUCUGAGCCCCCCCCUCCUCUGUGUCAAACACACCCUCCCUUUAUCCAUACAGCAGAGCUCAGCAAUUGGGCCUUGGCCAGACCUUUGAAUUGAAUACCGGCAUGAAGUCAUUCAGUCAGCACAAAACUCCCCGGUUCGCAGGCGGCACUCUCUCUCACACACACACCCCCAUCCACACACACACACACACACUCCGCUCUGAUUUUAAAACCGGGCCUCUGGAGGCCCUUUUACACCCCAGGGUAGAAUGCCUCUGUCCUCAUUUUGUUUUUCCUGUGCUGGGGAAACUUAAGCCAAAUUGAGAUUAAGGCUGGGAUGCAAUCGAUUCGACGUCCCACUCACCUGUAACCUUCACCGCCAGAAGUCACUUUAUUGUCUGUUUCAGCUCGUUUCAUCCGCAUUUUUAAACUUCAGGUCGCUCAACUCUGGACGAGAAAAGUUUUGUUGUGGCUCUAUUUCAGCAAAAGAAAAAAAACACAAAAAAAGAAUACAAAAUGUAAAAAAAUGACAAAAAAUAAAUACCUACAGGAUGUAGAGGUGGUUGGUUGGAAUCAGGAAUAGCAGAUAGAGUAUGAAGUUAUUUUUCAAAUCUUGUGGUUCAGCAGUUGGAAGUUAGUUUCGCCGCUUUGGUCGAGGCGGUGGAUAAUUCCAAAGAGUGCAGCGCUGUUGAUUGUGUCGGAGAGAGACGAGAUUUGAGGGGAUCUUUGUAUAUGUACUAAUUGUAAAACUUGUACAUUUUAUUUAUAUUGUUUUUUACACAUAUUACUCAGUAGAGAGCUCUGAAUACAUUGAAAAUGCACUAUAUUUUUCUAUCUCGCAGAUGAAUUAUUGUCAACCACCAAGAUUUCAGUUGUACAUAUUUUUUUUUUUUUUUCAUUUAGGACCAAAGACAGCUGAUAGGAUUUCCAUCUUUACUUUGACUUUGUUUCUGAUUUUUGCGUUUUUAGUUUGUUGUACAGUAAUACAAAUUGUCAAUUUAUUAUUUAUUUUUCUGUGAUGAAAGUAUUGAGAAUAUCCACUGGUCAAAAUAUUUUCCCCAACAGCAGAACUGUACGAUCAUUUAAUUAGACAAUUUCUUGUUACAUAGACAAUUCUCUUUGAUUUGUAACCUUUGUAAUAGACUGUACAUAUAUUUUUGGAAAUAUAAUACAAUCUCUAUA